ACAUCGUAAACAAUCGCAAGAAACACUUGACAACACUUGUCAGUGGAAUAAUACAGUUAAAUUAUUGAAAUAAACUGUUCUACACAUUAUUUAUAUAAUGAAUUAACAAUUUUCUGAAAGUUGAAAUUGAAGAAAUCUAAAAUGCCUUUACCAGCAGCAUUAGCUGCACGUCUUGCGAAAAGGGGAUUAAUCACUGGAUCCGAAAAGCAUGAAUCUGGAAAAAAAGAAGCGAAGAAGAAAGUGCACGAAGAAGUAAUAGCUGAAGAUUAUGAUAAUACAAAAGAAGAAAUUAACCAGAUUGACAUAUCUCAAAAAUUUAUGGGUUAUAAUGGAUGUCCUAAUAAAUACAAUAUUUAUCAUGAAUGUACAAAAAAAUGUAAGGAGUUAUGGGGAAUGGGACAUGUGCAACCUUCGGAUAAAUAUUUGAAACAACAAAUGAGAUUAGUUCAAAAAUAUCCAUUGCCGGAAACUUGGAAAACUGUUUAUGAUCCCGGAUCUGGACAGCAUUACUAUUGGGAUUGGUCUUCUGAUUUAGUAUCUUGGUUACCACCUGGGCAUCCUAAAUGUCAAAUAUCACAACCUGCAUCUCAAUUACGUGAAGAAUUGCAUUUGAAAGCAGGAGACCAAGAUGAUAAUUUGUCAAGUGAUGACAGCACCAGUGAUCAAGAACAAAUGGAAGUAGAAGAAAGUGAGCCUGUCAAGAAAGAUAGAAAGAUCGAAAAUCGUCCAAGAUAUAAAGGGCCAGAUAAUAAAAGAAUUUAUAGAUCUGAUAGAACUGAUGGUAAAGAUGCUAAAGAUCGUACUUUAGAUCCUAUGGAUCCAGCAUCCUACAGUGAUAUUCCUAGGGGAAAAUGGUCAGACGGAUUAGCUAAACAUAAUGAAGCUAAAACUGGUGCUGACACAACUGCUUCAGGUCCUCUUUAUCAAAUGAGACCAUAUCCCAGUCCAGGCGCAGUGCUUCGUUCUAAUAGAGCUAAUAAAACAGAAUUGGAAUCAUCCAGUAAGCCGAAAGUUUCGUUUCCUGAAAAACCGGAAUAAAUA